GACAUUAUAAAGAAUAAGCUAAUUUGCAUGUAAAAUAUCCUCAUCUAAAUCCUAGCUACAGUUUCUCUUAAUAACAAUAACAAAAACUGAAACAAGAAAAGAAAAAAUACAAAUCCUUAAUUCGGUUUUCAAAAGUGUCACAUUUUCAUCAAUAUCCAUUUACCGAUCCGUAAACCUGACCCGGGUGUUAAUCUAAAACCGGAUCACCUGACCCGGACCACGGUAACAUGAGGCUGCUUCGUUCUGGUUGCAACCGGUUAAAGUGGGGCAUUCUCAUGCCCUCAUUGACAAGUGUGGAAGUCGUGUAUUACCCGCUUGUUGUAAUUCAAACCAUGUUUCUGCCUAACGUGUUCAUUUCGUGCUUGGCUCUUGUUUUAGAUAUACUUACAAUCGACGCUAGUCCACCGCAUAUAAUUUUCUUCUUGGCCGAUGAUCUCGGGUGGAAUGAUGUUGGCUGGAAGAACCGCGAGAUCAAAACUCCUAACCUGGAUCGACUGGCGCGAGCAGGGGUGAUUCUCAACAGUUCCUACACCCAGCCCGUCUGUACCCCAUCGCGGACGGCCAUAUUAACUGGUCAGUAUCCCUUCCGCACUGGCCUUCAGAGCGGAAUCAUGCCGCAGGACCGACCGAUGUAUCUACCGGACAAGUUCCGCCUGCUUCCAGAGGAGCUGAAAAAACUCGGAUACAAAACACAUAUGGUUGGGAAAUGGCACCUCGGGUACUGCAACUCCAAGUACACGCCCACAUACCGGGGCUUUGACAGCUUCCUGGGCUUCUAUGGAGGGGCGGAGGACCACUACACUCAUAUUAGAGGCCAACAGAGCCACAUUGGCUUGGAUUUCUGGUUCAACUCGUCUGUCCUCGCCACUGAAAAUGGAAAUUACUCUACAUUUGUGUUUGCCCGGCGUGCAAUAGACAUCAUCCGGACACACAAUCAGGAAUCACCCCUCUUCCUGUUCGUGUCAUUCCAAGCUGUGCACGUGCCGUUACAGGCCCCCAAAAGAUUUAAGGACAUGUACUCAAGAAUCCGGUAUCGAUCUAGGCGUUUAUAUAGCGCCAUGGUAUCCGCUAUGGACGAAGCUAUUGGGGAUAUAACGAGGUCACUCAAAGUUGAAGGAUUGCUCAAAAACUCUCUCGUCAUAUUUACCUCAGAUAACGGUGGCGCCCCCUAUGCAGGGGGGAAUAACUGGCCCCUGCGGGGUGGAAAAACAACUCUAUGGGAAGGGGGCAUGAGAGUCCCCACCCUCGUGUACAGUAAAACUUUGCUCAAGAGGAGGAUACAAUGGCAUAAUGGGUUGUUCCAUGCUGUGGACUGGUAUCCAACGCUGCUUCACAUUGCAGGUGGGAAGUCAAGUAAGAAAAUGGACGGUGUCAACCAGUGGAUGAUGAUACGGAAGGGGACGCCCAGCAAACGCCGGCAGAUCGUCCACAACAUCGACGACAUACGACAGAACGCAGCUUUACGUAUUGGACAUAUGAAGCUCAUCCACGGCAAUCCAGGGCGCUAUAACAACUGGUACCCCGUACCUACCCUGUGGACAGACAGGUGCCUCUAUAAAGCUGACAAGCUCAGGCUCCCCGAGUACCAACUCUUUAACAUUACAGCUGACCCAACCGAGAGUUACGACAUCGCCUACAAGUCCCCGGAUAUUCUAGCAAAGAUGAUCAAGAUUUUGGACCGUUACAAGAGGAAGCUGGUGCCCUCAUAUUUAGGAAAGUCAACACGUAAAUCCAAUCCCAAAUACUACGGCGGAGUAUGGGCCACCGGCUGGUGUUGAGAUGUCCCUAGCCGCAUCUCAUAAUAAAACCUAUCGUUAUCCCGCACAUGAAUAUUUCAGAACUGUUUUUUCGAACCCCAUGAAACCCCAUGGAUUCUCGAAUAUUAUUGUAUCGAACCUGUGUGUCUCUUAACUUGAUUCUCGAUUCUGGAUACAUUGAACCUGGCGUCUCGAAUUUGGAUACUUCAAACCCGAAGUCUGAAAUCUGGAUAUAUCGAACCUGAUGUCUCGUAUCUGGAUUUCCUCAACCUGUAUGACUCGAAUCCUGAUGUCACGAAGUAGGAUACGUCUAUUUUAGUCAGCUUUCACAACUCAAUUUGACCUCCCCCCUCCUGUUUUGGUUCGUGUGAGUUCCACAUACCCGGAGGCUUCUAUGUUCUCAAAAUGCCAUGAUGUGGUGCUGUUAGAGGGUUUCCAUUACAGGUAGGAUAUGGUUUGGUCAGUUCAACUAAAACCUGGUCACCUAGAAACUCGUAUUGAUUAUAAGGUCUUCAUCUCAACUUCAUGUUUGUUUAAUGGGUCGGAGAUCUAAGGUGAACAUUUGCAUUGAAUGAGCUGAAUUGAUUCAUCUGUGUUUAUGCGUUUAAAAAAAUACUAGUCGACCAUUCAGCCUGUAACACCCUUGUGUCCGUACGCCGGAAUAGGGUUAAGCAAUCGUGACAGGGCUUUCGGUACCACUCGCCCCUUCCCGUCAAGGAGACAAGACUCGGAAUAACACGAGUGGUCACGAAUGGUUAAGAGGGCUAAACUACUUCCAAAGGAGACGUUUCCUGAAUUACGUAUUAUUGUAUGUGAGUUCUUAUGCGCAAAUUUCAUUUGCACUUGAAUUCCGUCAGUAAAUCAUAUAAUGUGCGAUAACGAUUGUUUUGCUAGUUACUUUUAGUACGGGUCUUAUAUUGCAAAACGUCAUGGGACCUAUGUGCAGUUCAUGGGACAAGAGUUAUUUGCUCGGUUAGCCUUUUUUUAUAUUAUGUGCUUAUAUGUGUAAAAUAAAACUCAAUAAAAAGACUACGAAUGAAAAGUUAUUCGCAUUGAAGUAAUAAACAAUUGUUAUUUUCAUAAAAUAAAACACGGACUUGAUGCACUACACAAUUCUGAUGUUUAAGAAACCAAUAUAACUACUCUGCAAAAGUACAGCAGUCCGUUACUAUUGAGUAUCGUUGUCAACCCUGUACAUCCUGUAUGGUCGUGCCCGACAAGGGCAUGUUACUCUAGUUCAAUUUCGUUGCCAUGGCUACAUUGGUUUCUCUGAUCAGCUAACCCUUAUUUGUACUGUCUGUACCAUGUCAGUGGUUGUGGCAAACGCCAAUGCAACAGACAUAUUCUCUGGAUGGUCUACUAUCUACCUGUUGUGUCCUAUUUCUGAUGUUAUCCUUUAUCAAUCUUAUUAAAAUAAGAUAUAUGUUUUUUUCUGAUACGAUCUGUCUUCAGAUCUUCCCGCGGAGGGGUACGGUAUUGGAGUUAAAGAUCGGAUUUUAAUGAGAUUGGGAAAGAGAUUAAACAGUAUUAAAUCAUUUUGCGGUUUUGCUAAUAAUUUUGCAUUAUUAUUUUUUACAAUAACACGACUAUUGAAAGAAAUCUUUGGAUCAAAUUCUACAAUAUACAGAUGUAAAAAAGCAAUAAAG